GCAGACGGCCACGGACGAGCAAUGCGAUCCUCUACCCUUGCUUCCUCACCAUCUCCUCCCUCCAUGACGCCUUGACUGUCGCCCACCCUCUCCUCUUACCUCGCCAUGGACACCCAUGGUCCGCCCCCCACACCGCUCGCACCCAGCGGCCUCGUAGCACCCGCACCGCCCUCCUCGCCUGCCUGCGCCACUAGUGCCAGCAUUCAAGUACCCCGUGUCGUCUAUGCCAUCGAGGUCACUCCCUAUGACGCGGGCAAGACGCUCAAAGGGGGUGCAACGACUCCCAACGGCCAGCAACUCUUCCUAGUCAUCGGUCAAAUCGAAGUGUCUGCUGCCUUGCGUUUCGAAGAGGUGCUACAGCGCAUCGAGGCUCUCACACGCCUCAACCUCGACGAAUACGACGUAGUCUACAGAAAGCGUCUCUAUGGUCAUCCGUGGAACAGCAGCCUUCCUAUAGAGUCUCAAAAGGCCCACGAUGCAUUCGUAUCCGAGGCACUGCGAGUCAAGGCAGAUGCUCCCAUCAUGGUACGACUGCUCAGGCGACAUCACGGUCAACACGGCCAAGAACACUACCAUGGCCCACAGACUCCCCAGCAUACGCCACAGCAGCCGUCCAGUAGGUACACUCAACCUCAGCAGAGCAACAGCAGCAGGAAAAGCAACAGCGGCAACAACAGUAGCAAGAGUAGACAGACUCCUACUGCUGCUUCGCCCAAAGCCCCUUCGUCAGUAGAGCUCGUAAUCUUGAUCCGAGUCGUUCAAGGUAGAGAGAUUCAGAGACUCAAUUCACCUGGCUUCAUCGGCCCUUUGGAUCAGCGUCACCUACAUUCCAGCCACUACCGGACCAUGCGCCCCAUCUUCGACACCACGACCGCAGCAGCCGCAGACAAAGUCACUCGAUUCAGCAUCAAAGCAUCACACGCCUUUAGUGUCCUUCGAGAGCAGAUGACGGCAGAGGUCAGAAGGCUACUCAAUGACCGUCAGCUCAAGCUCAGCAAUUUCCAUAUGACCUUCAGUCCCUCGGAAGGCUUCAACAACUUUCACAAGAGUAUCGUCAUCGAUAGUCCCACCAAGUACCGCAGCUUUGUCGACGAGGUGCUCAUGAAGAGCCGAUGGGGUAGACCCUUGAUCGAGGUGCAGCUCAGAUGGAAAGGAGCGGAGUGGGUUACCUCACCCACAUCCAAUUCGAGGGAACAUGUCAGCCGAUCCGAGAGCCACAAGUGGGGAGUCUCUUCUGGUAGGGAGAGGCACAAGUCCAACACCGAUUCCGUGGCUCGAGGAGAACGUUUUGGCUCAGUGUCGCCGAUCGGAGCUCAAGAUUCAGAACAGAGUCUGCGUUCCUUUCCCAGCACCCCACGACUUCCAACAGAUCGCGAGGGCAACACGAAUGCGCUCUCCAAGAGAGGCAGAGCAGAGGACGAAACCAGCGAGUGUCGAGGCUCAAGGUCCGAGAAGCGCCGCCGACGUUCUACCACUUCGCCCUUUGCGGCUCGAGAAUCGUCCACUACUCGCUCUUCAGCUGCAGAGGAAGGCGAGCACUCCGAAGCGGGCAACAUCGGUACCAUCGGUACCGCAGACAUCAUCUUGCCCGACGGACCCUACAUCUCCAUCAGCGAGUUCAUGCAAAACCAUCGCCCCGGCUACGACGCGCUCGUGGAGAAGUUGCACAAGCAAGGCAUCAGAGACAUGCCCCACCUCGCCGCCUGCCAGACUACUGGCCUCCUCAAAGGACAGCAGAGGCGUAAAGACGAGGAUGCACUGAGCCUCAUUGAUUGUGUCUGCAUUGCCACGUGGUUGAGGCUUUGGAGAGAGAUGGAGCCAAAGACGAAGAAGGAGGCUCAGGACUUUUGAAGGGUACGUGGGGUACGUAGGGCUUCAAGGGCCCAACAAGAAUCAGUGACAGGAGAGUGAGGCGUCGCUCGCGACCUUCUUCAGAAGGCGGUAUGCCCAGGAGUCGAGAGCUUUUGUGUCGAGAUCCAUUCUGCCAAUUACAUUGCCUUUGUCACCUUAACUCCUUGGUCAGAGACGCUUGGCGUGUUGACGCCCAUCAGGGUCUAAACUGCACGCUCGACUGACCAGUCUGACGGACAUGACGGACAGGCAUCACAACUAGCCCUGCUCAUGAAGUAAGUAUAUUGCGUAGCCCUCACCGAGUCCGGUCAAAAGGCCAUCCGCCUCCCCCUUUUG